UUGUGCCCUUGCGAUCGACUGAGCCUGAGCCAUCUCUCCAUUAAGCGCUAGCCUCAAACCUCAGACCUGCGACGUGCCUCGACACCUAGUAUAACAAAACCCAGUUCCCACGUCUGAACGACCUGAUGCUCUCUCGUAGCUGCUGGUAGCUCGCUGCGCGAUAGUUCCACGGUCGUUCCAUUCUUCACACGCCUUUUUACGUUCUCUUCGCUUCGACUUUUGUACGCCGCCGGGUCGGUCCUUUAUUCACGCAAUUCACUUUCUUUUUAAUCGAAACCCUUCUUUUCUUCUAAACCUACCGCAACAAUGGGAAAAUUAAUCAAGAACCACUGGGCGAGACUCAUCGUUCUCUCUGCAGCUGCCUACCAAGUCGCUGCUGGAUUCGAAGGCAUCUUCUACCCCAAGAUCUUCUGGGACUUCCUGACCAAGAACCUGGACGCCGCCGUCAAACCCAUCCCCGCUCUCCAAAUCAUCAACAUCCUCCUCGGAAUCUUCGGUAUUGCUUGGGAAUGGCCUCUGGGUGCCCUCGCAGGAUCCGCAAUCCACCGCUCCAUCGAAGCUCGUCUCGUCUUCUACCCGCUCAGUGCACUUGCCGCAUUACUGCUGUAUCAAGCCACUAACGCCGGAUUGUACUAUCUCGUCGGUAUGAUUGCGUACUUCUGGGCAUAUAGCGAGGGAGAGAUUGUCUGCCCCGAGCCAUGGACAGUACCAAAGCGCGGUUCAACAGCACGCAACCGCGUCUAAAUACAACAUCGACAUAUCUCGCCACAUAGCACCCAUUCUCUCUCCCCGUCUCUCUCAUGUGGCCUGCCUUAAGAACCCGACUCGCACAAACCUAAAUCUGGAGCACCAUCGAUACCCCAAACAAUGAUUCUUGUUCCCACCAAUUUCCCCCAUUGAUAUCC